GGAGUUAAUGUUACAUGUCGAUAGUGUUUGUUUACGUCAGACUAAUGUCUCAUUUUAUCUUGAAAGCUAAACCGAAAUAUGUUUUGUGGUUAUUAAUCUAUUAUGAAACGAGUACAAAUUCUGUACGCAUACGUUUUUAUUUAUCGUAGCAGUAAUUAAUAUGUCAUUAUUAAAAACGAGAAAACUUCACAGACGAAUUAGUAUAUAGGCCUAGAUAUUUUAAAUUUUGAUUUGUGCUAUGCAGUAUAUGGUCAAAAAAAAUUGUAAUUUCUCAAACAAGUGGAGAUAAUUAAUGUGACUUGUGUGGACAAUGAACAAGAAUGAUGAUGUUUACUUUAUUCAGUUUUGAUAUUCGAACACUUUUAUUUUCACCUAUGAGGCAUUGGAAAAUUGUAUGUGUAUUCUUUGUGAUACACAUUGCUAAUUCAGCUUCCUCUAGAGAACAAGAGAUCACAAAUCAACUAAGCAAACAAGACUCAGUACUUUUUGUGUCAACUCUCAGUGGUUCAUUCUAUACAGUCAGUCGCAGUGGUGGGAAAAUUCUUUGGUCUCUUAAAGAAGAUCCAGUUUUAAGAGUUCCUCUCGAUUUUUCAGCUGGUCCUAGUUUUCUUCCUGACCCUAGAGAUGGAAGUUUGUAUGCCAUUAGUGCUUCUAGAGAACCUAUCAAAAAACUUCCAUUCACUAUUCCGGAACUCGUCACGGCUGCUCCGUGCAAGAGUUCAGAGGGCAUCUUUUAUACAGGAUCCAAGAGGGAUUUGUGGAUAGCCAUUGACCCAACUACUGGUGCCAAAGUUCAGACCUUGUCCUCUGAAGGUGCCCAGAAAGUCUGUCCCUCUUCCAAUGAGAACCUGAUGUACAUUGGCCGAACAGAAUAUUCUAUAAUGAUGUUUGAUGGAAAGACAGGAACUAAAAGUUGGAAUGCAACAUACAUGGAUUAUUCUUCUCAUGUGGCUCCUGAUGUUAGGGAUUAUGGUUUUCGCCAUUUUGUGUCUAGUUCGACGGGAGUGGCCGUUACUUUGGAUAGUGAUACAGGAGAAAUUUUGUGGCAGAAAGAUUUUGAAUCCCCUGUUGUGGCCAUGUACCAGAUGCAUCUAGACGGGCUUCAGCGUGUGCCGUUUGCCAUCUUUGCUGCAGACACUCUUGACCAUUUAACUGGCCAGUUGGAGUCCACACAGUGGAAGAACAGAUUUCUGGAUUUGAAUCUCAGGCAGACGUUUUACCCAAAACUAUAUGUUGGGGAAUCCCAACAUGGUGCAUAUGCUAUCAUCACACUAGUUGAUGAAACAACAGGAACAAUUGCUGCUCAAUGGCCAGAUAUUCCUCAAAUCGAGGGACCACUGUCUAAUAUCCCAGAAAAGACUUAUGAUAGUCCAGAAAUAAAUACACAUUCCCAUAUUGAUGUAAUCAAAGCCACAACUGUCAGAAGAGGUGGAGCUGUACUCAUGAUAGGUACAAUAGUUGGCUUUCAACAAGUGUUUAGCUGUAUUAACAUGAUGGGUUACCAUGAGCUCCCAGAGAAAAUAGUGUCAAGGAUAUCUCCAACCUACCAGCUGCCUGACAACAGCCAAGAUAAAAUUAUACCCACUACCAGUGAGAAUAAAACAAACCACACUGAUGGCUUCUGGGUAAUAUUCUUUAUGAGUGAAGGGAACCUGGUUGUGGGAGUUGGGUGUGCUUUCCUUGUCAUACUGCUGGUGGCCCUGUUCUACACCUCGAAACAAAAUGAAAAAUCACUAAGGAGCAUAGCACAACACAUUGAGCAACAAAAACACAGUCAAACGAAUUCUGAUCACAACAGUGAAAUUAGUGAUAUGCAAAUCCACCCCAACGGCUGGACAAAAGUUGGUAAAAUUGUCUUCAAUCCAAAAGAGGUCUUGGGCCAUGGCUGUGAGGGUACUUUUGUAUACAGUGGACAGUUUGACAAGCGUAGUGUGGCUGUGAAAAGACUGCUGCCCGAGUGUUUUAGUUUUGCUGACAGAGAAGUGGAGCUUCUACGAGAAUCUGACCAGCAUCCUAAUGUUAUUAGAUACUAUUGUAUGGAAUCUGACAGUCAGUUUCGCUACAUAGCCCUGGAGCUGUGUGUUGCCACUCUCCAUGACUAUAUAGAAAGGAAGUACGUUCCUCCUGUGCCACUGCAGGCAAGGGACAUACUGCAUCAGGCUAUGUCGGGCAUCGCCCAUCUUCAUUCACUUGACAUUGUCCACAGAGAUAUCAAGCCUCAAAAUGUUCUCAUAUCUCAACCCAAUGCUAAACAUGAGAUUCGAGUGAUGAUAUCUGAUUUUGGUUUGUGUAAAAAACUUGCUGCUGGGAGGUACUCUUUCUCUCGGAGAUCCGGCGCUGCUGGUACAGACGGGUGGAUUGCUCCGGAGAUGCUCAGCUCUGAGGAAAGAACUACGUGUGCUGUAGACAUAUUUUCUGCAGGAUGUGUAUUUUACUAUGUUCUUACAAAAGGCCACCAUCCAUUUGGAAAUAAUUUAAGAAGGCAAGCAAAUAUUUUAACUGGGGAAUCAAAUCUUCAACAAUUGCAAGGAGACGAAAACUGCACAGCUAGCCGACUUAUAGGCAAAAUGAUUUCUCAUUCUCCUGAUGAGCGUCCUUUGGCAGAUACUGUAUUAAAACAUCCUUUCUUUUGGUCAAAAUCAACACAGCUAGCGUUCUUCCAGGAUGUAAGUGACCGUGUAGAGAAAGAAGAGGAAGACUGUGUGCUGGUUCAAAAGUUGGAAGAACAGGGCAUGGUAGUAACUCGUGGAGACUGGAGGAAACACAUCUGUCAAUAUUUACAGGAAGAUUUAAGGAAAUUUAGAACUUAUAGAGGUGAUUCAGUGCGUGAUUUAUUGAGAGCAAUGAGAAACAAAAAACAUCACUACAGACAGCUGCCAGAGCCAGUGAAGAUGAGUCUGGGUACUGUCCCUGAUGAGUUUGUUACCUACUUCACCUCACGGUUCCCACUUCUACUGCUGCACACAUACAUCGCCAUGGAGAGCUGCAAACAUGAAAAACUGAUGAGACCCUAUUAUCACUGUGAUCAAAGAUUUCCAGAGAAAACCACAGAGCCCUAUCACUAUGACGAAAGGCCCCUGCCUGAUCCACAGCUUGGUUUUAAAAACUUUCAACAUUCCACAAACGGUCAGGGGUUUUUACUCCCUAACAGUAAACUAAAGCCGUGCACGCCCAGAACUUUAUUGCAGCAGGAUGACACAGUUUCCUUAAGCCCACCUCAGGUCAGGCUCAAUCGAUCUCCUAAAAACCAGUUCAAAAACCAUUGGAAAAGAAGAGCGACCAAGUCUCCUGAGAGUGAAAAGUAGUGUGAAUUUUUUAUUUUAAUGUGAUAUUUUCCAAACUGUGUUGAAGUGCCUUUGUGGAAUGUAAUUGAAACCUUUGUUGUAACCUUGACCUUUGUUACACCAUCUUGUUAUUUUAAUUGCACAUAUUUUUAUUUAUUUACUUUUAGCCUUCAGUAUGAGUGCCAUCUAAUAAAUUUUACAUAUGUUUAUGCUACUAUUCAUUUGACUAUGUUAUGAAAUGAACUGUAACACAAUGCAAGUCAAUAAAUUAAGAAAUAUUUUCUGUGUAUUACCAUGUCACAUGACAAAAUAUCAAAAUGUUUCAAAGUUAUUUGACACAAAAAUGCAACAAUAUCUAACAAUAAAAUUACUUUCAGAUUCUUUCA